AUGUUGUUCGCUAUGCUGAUGAGCUAUGUAGAUAAGAAAGUGCUUCUUCAGACGGAUGUUGAAGCAAGGCUGCUAUCAGCGCUUCUUCAAACGACUUCUGAAGCAAGACGUCUACUCGCGCUUUUUCAGAGUGUUGUUGAAGCAAGGCGUCUACUUGCGCUUUUUCAGACUGCUGCUGAAGCAAGGCGUCUGCUCGUACUUCUUCAGACUUCUGUUGAAUCUCCUACCACCACUCAUUGGUCUGCAAUAAAAAGAAUACUCCGCUACCUUCGUCAUACUCCUCAUCAUGGACUUCUCAUUCGUCCAUCAUCUUCUCUCAAUAUAUCUGCCUUAUCUGACUCCGACUGGGCUGGUUGUCCAGACGAUCGUUGCUCCACAACUGACUACUGCAUAUUUCUUGGUGACAAUCUUAUCUUUUGGAAUUCAAAGAAACAACAAGUUGUUGCUCGGUCUAGUAUCGAGUCUGAGUAUCGAGAUCUAGCUCAUGCCACUGCUGAACUCAUCUGGCUCCAAUCCUUGCUACGUUAUGGUCUCUAUUCAUUUGUUACUGGAACUAAUUCUGCCCCUGAAGCCUUUCUCCAAGUCGAGGAUGCUGACGGAUCUAGUGUCCUCACUCCAGAUCCUACUUUUACCAACUAG